AUGGUCAGACUUCAAGCUGAAGCUCAGAUACACCAGUUCACUUCUGAUGCCUGGUUUGGAGUGUAUAAACAACUACAUGACUGGCGCUGGUCCUACGGGAACGAGUCUCUAGGAAAUAUGACGUACUGGUAUACUGAUGCACCGAGCGGCGUUGCAGCUGGAGCAGAGUGCUGUGUGAUACGUUCAGAUGGUUUUUGGGAUGAUGUUCCCUGUUUAUUGUUAUAUUACUUUGUGUGCUAUGAUGAGAGGAACACUGGGACCAGCAGGUACAUUUACAUCUCUACCAGUAAGACCUGGUAUGAAGCUCAGAGUUACUGCAGACUGUAUCACACCGACCUGGCCAGCGCAAGAGACGCAACUGAACAAUCUAUUAUAAAUGGAACAAUUGUUCAACACGCUUGGUUUGGUCUGUUCAGGAUCACCUGGAGGUGGUUAGAUCAGACCAACCCGACCAACAUCACCUGGAAGUCUGGACAACCUGAUAAUCAGCUACCAAAAGAAGAUUGUGGUUAUUUAUCUAACUUUCAGGCUGCUGAUGCUCAGUGCUCAGACCUCAAACCUUUCUUCUGUCACAGAGAUAUAACAGGUCAGAUCCAGAGUCUGAGGUUCAAGGUUCAGUCGGAUCAGAACAUGAACGAUCCUGCAGUGAAGGCAGCACUCCUGGAGAAGAUCCUGCAGAAACUGAAGGAGCAUGGGAUGGAGCAGAACGUCACUCUGAAAUGGAGGGAGCGACCAGGUGGAGAUGUGUUCCACAAGAUUAAAGAUGAUGGUCUUUAAAUUAAUAUUUGCUUCACAACAUUUAAAAUAACAGAUUAAAUAUUAAAC